AUGUGUAUAUUGGCAUUAAAUAUUCUAAUCCAGAGUGUUUGGCCACUCACAAUAUGUGAGUUGCCGUUCACGUACAGUCUUGGCGAAGGUCAAUUUGAGGAGCUCAAGGAUGGCAAGAAUCAAGCUCGAAGAGGGAAUAGCAGUAACUGCUGGAAGGAAACAGAGUGCUUGAAUCGUAAAGGCUACUGCUUGAAGGUCGCUGACUUUAUGGUGGGAUUUGGCAGGGACAGAGAGUAUUUGAUGCCCAUGUUGACGCUAGGUAGGAGCAUUCAUUUCCCCCCAUACCCAAAUAUUUUUUUCCAAAUUUUUUCAGUUGACGAGCCUGUGGUAUGGAACACCACUUUGGAUGGCGGAGAGAGGAAACUCUGCAAACUUGACAAGUCUUGUACAGACUUUGUUUACCAGCUAGUCAUCUACAGCGUUAAUAAGGACUGGGUAACUCUUGUCGGCGAUAAAGGGUUGAACGCUAUGGAAAAAGACCCGUUCUGCUACAUAUAUGGCAAAGCUCUCAGAGACUUCAAACGAUGGGAGAUCACCGAUGAGAAGUACACAGACAAGGGAUCCUUCAAAUAUCUCUUCACCCUCUACUUGCUACCACAGAAAGCGGCACGGCGCAGGACGGAGGACUUAAAGGAUCUUAAAGAUGAAAUGCUGGAUGGACCAAACUGUGACUAUUUGUACAUUAAAUUGAGCACCAAACAGUUCAGAUUGCUUGUAGCACCAGAAAAGCCGACCGAACCUCCAAUAGUCUAUAGUAGUCGUGAAACAAGAAAUAUAGUAAACAUGAAAAAGACAAGGAAGCCGAAAAGGACAACAGAAACACCAGAAGAAGAAGAGGAAGAAGAAGAAGAGCCUUCCCCAGCUUCAAGUUCGAAUGUGGUCGUUGUCGUCAUCAUCACUGUCGUCGUCUUUUUGAUUGUUCUCAGCAUCAUUGGCUGUCUUCUCUGGUUCUUGGUAUUCCGCAAAAAAGAAGAAAAGAAGGAAGAGGAACAACAACCAGUAGAAGUUGACUAUUUUGGAACGACGGUGGGAACUACUGGCGCUAAGGGGACUGCUGGAGGGACUUCAGCGAAGACACAGACUGGAUGGAGUACUGUGGGCAGUACACAAAUAAAGAGCGGAAUGUCGGCUGCUGGAGGGGGAACGACUGUUGGUGGCACUCAAAUCCUUUCCUACAACGACAAAUCUUCAUUGGGCUUCGAUACGAGUAAAAACGAGACUUGAACGGGCAGAAAGGAAGGAAGAGGAAAAACUGAAGUGUGAAUAAUAAGAGAAGAAUAAAUGUUGUGUGUGAUACUCUAAUUCUAAAAUUCACCCUUAUCCCUAACUAUAUAUAAACUUGUUUGUAAGCCCCCUAAAUAUAUUUACCCUUUUCGAGUAUUAUAUUCAUUUGUUUGUGUCAUAAUUUUUGUUGUAUUGUAUUUGUAUGGUGUUGUAUAUUAAUUAUAUUUGGUGUAAUAAAAUUGUAUGUUUAAUUGAAUAUGUGACUCGAGUAAGAUGCUUAUUAGGUUCUCAAAAAAAAUUUUUUUUAUUUUAUUUUCAAAAAUCGGUUAAA